AUGGGUGUCGGGUCCUGCGCCGGCACGGAGAACCCGCCGGACCUCGCGAUCCUCACCAUCGGCACGGGUGGCUACUGCAGCCAAGGGAUGAUCUGCGUCCUCAACGCUACGUGCCAAGCCACGCUCGAAGAGACCGACACGCGCGCGUCCUUUGGCAGCAUCACGCAGAUCGGCGACCUCACCAACUACCGCAACCCAUCGUUGCGCGUCCGCUUUUCGCCCAAGGUGCUGCAAGAUAGGUCCAAGCUGCGGUGGCCGGCCGGUCUCGUCCAACUCGAGCUCUCGUACAACCAACUGACGGAGAUUCCAUCGUCGAUGACGUGGCCCAUGGCGCUCCAGACGCUGAACUUGAUGGUCAACAACCUGACGACGCUGCCGACCAGCUUGCCCGCGACCAUUCGGAGCCUGGACCUCCAGUCGAACUUGAUGACGUCGCUUGCCAACGCCGAUCUGUCGCAGUUGGAGUCGUUUGCGACCAACGGCAACCCGAUUCGAAGCAUCACCAACGUGACGUUUUCGUCCAAGCUCCAGACUUUUGACUGUGGCAGCAGCCAAGGCACGGUCGCGAUCACCAACUUUAUCGUGUCGCCGAGCACGUAUCGAGCGCUCAACGGACUCAACAAAAGCUGUUCGAUCCUCCCGAUUGCGAGUGACGCGACGCUCUGCGCCAAGGCCAACGGCGCGCUCCAGACGAUCUGGACCAACAACACCAUUUGCGUCCUCUCGGACACGACGCCGGCGCCCACCAAUCUUAAUGACAUUGUUGCAUCGGAUGGGAGCUCGGCCACGAUCGUCGGUGUCGUCGUCGGUGUUGUCGUCCUUGCUGCGCUCCUCGCACUUGGCGCCUACUGCUGUUGUCGUCGGCGCAAGCAAAAGCUUGAACUUACCACGACCGCCACGACGGCCGAGGCACCGUAUUCGCACGCGUCAGCUUCACCCCGCACCGCAACAGGGUCUCAAGACCAGACGUUCAAUCUCCAUGAGCUCGCCAUGCACCGAUUGGAUGCGACCGAGGUCGUCAUCAAGGACAAGAUCGCGACCGGGGCGUUCGGCGAAGUCUGGCGCGCUGAGUAUAAGCACAAGACGGUUGCUGUCAAGAUGCUGCUGCCGACGCGGUCGUCGGCGGUCGAUGUGCAAGGCCUUGUGGACGAGAUCAAGCUCAUGGCCCAGUUUGACUCGCCACACAUUGUGUCUCUCAUUGGUGCGACAUGGACAACGCCGUCCUCGAUCCGAUGUGUGCUCGAGUACAUGAACAUGGGCGACCUCCGCGACUACCUCGCCAGCCACAAGCCAAACGAGUUUUCGUGGCCGGCCAAGAUCUCGUGCAUCCAUAGCAUCGUGUACGCACUGGUGUACCUCCACUCGAUGCAGAUCAUCCAUCGCGACCUCAAGUCCCGCAACGUGCUUCUCGACUCGGCGAAGGGACCAAACUCACCGACUUUGGCGUCUCCAAAGAAGACACGCAUGAGACCAUGACCGUUGGGGUCGGCACGUACCGCUGGAUGGCGCCGGAGAUCCUCCAGUUCAACCACUACACGGUGGCGGCCGACAUCUUUUCAUUCGGGAUGCUCUUGUCCGAGUUUGACUCGCAUCAGAUCCCGUACGCCGGCGUCAUCAACGAGAAGAACGGCAAGCCACUCGUAGACACGGCGAUCAUGAGCAUGGUGAUUGCGGGCUCAUUGAAGCCGACGUUCUCGGCCACGAUGCCGAGCUGGCUCCGCGACGUCGCGGCACAGUGCGUGGCGUCCGAGCCGAACGAUCGCCCAACUGCGUACAAGCUCGCGCACAUUUUCCGCGAUCAUGUCCAGGAGAGUCUAUAGUGGAUGAUGCAAUAUGCUACAUAUGGUUGACAAACAUCAAAUGAAGCGGAGCGAUUCAGGUUGAUGAUCAUGGCUCUAGUGCUCUUGUCAGGCGGUGUAUGAAA